UUUGUCUAGCCUUUUUAUUAAACGCCUCGGUUUACAACGGAGGUUAAGACCUUUCCUGACCCUCUUUUUUUUUUCCCACACCGUACCGAAAACCCUAGGCAAGAGUCAUGGGACAGGGAACCCCCGGUGGAUUGAGCAGGCAAGGCCUUCCCGGCGAUCGAAAGCACGAUGGCGACAAGAAGGACAAAAAGUUCGAGCCUGCAGCACCUCCUUCCCGAGUCGGACGGAAGCAACGCAAGCAGAAAGGGCCUGAGGCCGCGGCGCGGCUACCUACGGUGGCGCCGCUGACUAAAUGCAAACUUCGCCUUCUUAAGCUCGAGCGAAUAAAGGACUAUCUCUUAAUGGAGGAGGAGUUUGUCGCCAACCAGGAGCGCCUCAAGCCCCACGAGGACAAGAACGAGGAGGACCGGUCCAAGGUUGAUGAUCUCCGUGGAUCUCCCAUGAGCGUGGGAAACCUCGAGGAGCUCAUUGACGAGAAUCAUGCGAUAGUAUCUUCCUCGGUUGGACCCGAGUACUACGUGAGCAUUCUAUCGUUUGUGGACAAGGAUCAGCUGGAACCUGGGUGUGCGAUCCUCAUGCACAAUAAGGUCCUUUCUGUUGUUGGACUAUUGCAAGAUGAAGUUGAUCCUAUGGUUUCAGUGAUGAAAGUAGAGAAAGCUCCAUUAGAAUCUUAUGCUGAUAUUGGUGGUCUGGAUGCUCAAAUUCAAGAAAUUAAAGAAGCAGUUGAACUUCCUCUAACCCACCCUGAGCUGUAUGAAGACAUUGGUAUUAAACCGCCCAAGGGAGUCAUACUCUAUGGAGAGCCUGGAACUGGGAAAACCUUACUUGCCAAAGCUGUGGCCAACUCAACCUCUGCAACAUUUCUUCGUGUUGUUGGAAGCGAAUUGAUUCAGAAAUAUUUAGGUGAUGGCCCAAAAUUAGUCAGGGAACUCUUUAGAGUAGCUGAUGAUCUUUCUCCAUCAAUAGUGUUUAUUGAUGAGAUAGAUGCUGUUGGCACUAAAAGAUAUGAUGCUCAUUCAGGGGGAGAACGUGAGAUACAAAGAACCAUGUUGGAAUUGUUGAAUCAGUUAGAUGGUUUUGACUCAAGGGGGGAUGUCAAGGUUAUUCUUGCCACAAACAGAAUUGAAAGUCUGGAUCCUGCCUUGCUUCGACCUGGACGCAUUGAUAGGAAGAUUGAAUUUCCCCUUCCUGAUAUUAAAACAAGGCGACGGAUUUUUCAGAUACAUACUUCGAGGAUGACUCUAGCUGAUGAUGUCAAUUUGGAAGAAUUUGUGAUGACAAAGGAUGAGUUUUCUGGAGCUGAUAUUAAGGCCAUCUGCACUGAAGCUGGGUUGCUUGCUCUGAGGGAACGCAGAAUGAAGGUAACUCAAGUAGACUUUAAGAAGGCAAAGGAGAAGGUUAUGUUUAAGAAGAAGGAAGGCAUACCGGAGGGACUUUAUAUGUGAUAAAAUUCUGUCCUUUACGAAAGGACUUCUUCAGUUCUAACUGAGCAGAUGCCAAAUUCCCCAACAUGUUUCUAUACUCAGAAGAACACCUAAGACAUAAAUUAAUGAUUUGAAGCUUUGCUUUUGGAAUCCUGCAUUCUGGGCUUUAUAAGUCAUGACUGCUAUUUUUAUUCUCCGUUGUUGUUUAGAAUUUAACAAUCACUCUCUUGUUGUAAAGGCAUUGCUUGCCAUGUUAUCUUUUACAGUCCCAUAAAUUAAUGAUAUGUUUAUUUUCGACUUAAA